AAUACUAAUUCUUCCAAAGACAGACUCUUGCUGUUUCUCACAGGAGUGAGCAGUUUCUGCUUCCUUUCUUUCUUUUUCUUUUCUUCCAGAUAAGAGCCUCUUAACCAUAAUAGAAAGGAUGGAGGACUAUUAAUCACCUUUAUUCUGUGGGCUGUGAUCCUCAGAUGAGAAUACCAAGGGAAUCAGAUGAAAAUGGCAAGUGACCUGGACUUCUUCCUGCUCGACUUUCUUGCCUGCCUUGUCUUGGUCCAGCUGCUCACGCCUUGCUCAGCUCAGUUUGCCGUACAUGGACCCCCUGGGCCCAUCCUGGCCAUGGUAGGUGAAGACGCUGAUCUGCCCUGUCACCUGUCCCCGACAAUGAGCGCAGAGACCAUGGAGCUGAGGUGGGUGAGAUCCAGCCUUAGGCAGGUAGUGGCCGUGUAUGCCGGUGGAAAGGAAGUGGAAGACAAACAGACCCCAGAGUAUCGCGGGAGAACUUCCGUUCUACGAGACCACAUCACUGCAGGGAAGGCUGCUCUCCGAAUACACAAUGUCAGAGCCUCUGACAGUGGAAACUACCUGUGUUAUUUCCAAGAUGGCAACUUCUAUGAAAAAGCCAUCGUGGAGCUGAAGGUAGCAGCACUGGGUGCUGAUCUUCACUUGGAAAUGAAGGGUUAUGAGGAUGGAGGGAUCCAUCUAGUCAAUCACCCCUGGUACCCAGCCCACACUCCAGUGGAGAGAUGCCAAAGGGAGGUCAUCCCAGCUGUGGCAGCACCUGUGCAGACAAAGUCCUGUAUGCAAUGGCACGCCAGUGAUCAUGAGAGGAAGCCUCCGGGAGGGGUAUCCUGUACCAUCAGAAAUUUCCUCCAGCAGGAAAAGACAGCCAGGAUUUCCGUCGCAGGGUCGGUACCCUGCUUCCCUGUGCUGAGCUGA